AUGACACCGAAGCGUUCUCCACUGGGAACAAUGCGGUUCGGAAAGCGGUCCGAUGACAUUCCGUUUGACGACGACGAGUUGUUUCUACAGAAAAGAGAAUCUGUUGAUGAGCAGGUAAUUCGCGAUGCUCGCACCCCAUUGGGAACCAUGCGCUUCGGAAAAAGAGGCGAUGAUAUGCCACUUGGAACGAUGCGCUUUGGCAAACGCGGUGAUGACGAUAUGCCGUUUGGUACGAUGAGAUUUGGAAAACGUGGUGACGACAUGCCACUUGGAACCAUGCGCUUCGGAAAACGCGGUGACGACAUGCCACUCGGAACCAUGCGAUUUGGAAAGCGAGGAGAUGAUAUGCCGCUUGGAACCAUGCGAUUUGGAAAGCGUGAAGACGGCCCUUCCUUCGGAACCAUGAGAUUUGGCAAACGCAAUCCUCUCGGAACCAUGCGCUUCGGAAAGAAAUAA